UCUUAUAUACAUUUGCUUUUUUUCCAAACAUCGGUUUAAUCGUUGGGUCACGGUAGAGUUCGGUAUUGAUCCCCCACAACCUAAAAGGGGAAUGUAUGAACAGAGCAAGUUCAGUCCUCAUACUUCAACCUUUUUCACUUGGAAAUUGAGUUCUUCGUUCAAUGAAUUGAAACAAAGUUCCUUUAUAUUCUAUUUUUAUAUACCUGAAAAUUGCGUUUUCUUCUUGCAUUAUACGGUUUUCGUUUCUAUAUACAAUUGGUAUUAGUUCCCAUCGAUGCAUUCAGAGCCUCAAAAGAAUGAUGCUAUUCCUUAUCAAAGAGUGAUAAAUGUUUCACGAAAUUUCCAGUUGAAAGCUUCAAUCGAAAAAGAAAGUCGUGAAUGGAGUUUCCAGCCCCGUAGUAGCAGCGCUGCCUUGUAUUCAGCUAUAGCAUCUCUAGGAAAUACCGACUCUCCAUGGGAAAGCAUCCUUAUUGCUUCACCAGGUGCCAUUCAGGUUACUCAAAAUGAAACCAUGAGUUCGCCGGCGGUGGUGAAUGUCAAUUCAUCUUCUAACGUGUUAAGUUCUCAGCGUCGAUCUCCCUCCUCCACCGUCUUUAAACCGACAGAUCAAGCAUCUUUUUACAAGAAGGCUUGUCAAUUUUACAAAGAUAGGAAUAUCGUUUCUAAAGUUGUUCCUGUUUGGGGGAAAUUAAGUUCAAAGUUUGCUCCUGGUUCUAUACAGGAUCCUUCUGAGUUUCUAAAGUACGCUUCGGACGUGGGGUCAAACCGUUUACUGGAGGGUCCAAAGUAUGCAGACAAUGUGUUGUGGGAUGUGCUACAUUACCGAAUUCCUACCAUUGAUGGCUUUCAGCAACAAAUAUGGUGGAAAGACUUCAAUAAAUGGACCCAGUAUUUCGCGGAUUAUGUCGUCUCGAUCUAUCAACCAGGUGAUUUGAUACUUAUCCACGAUUAUUCUUUAUUUUUGUUACCGAAAUUAAUUCGGAAGCAAUUGCCUGAUGCAAAUAUCGUCUUUUUCCUUCACGUACCCUUCUGUACUUCGGAAAUUUUUCGAUGCCUUCCAAAACGAGCUGAGAUCUUGAAUGGUGUUUUAGCCUCAAAUGUUAUAGGGUUUCAAACUGAUUCUUACGCGCGACACUUUUUAAGCACGUGUGUUAAUGCUCUUGGUUUGGAAGCCACGUCUUCUUCGUACAUCGACACUUCUGAUGGUUUCCGUGCUGCCAUUUUGUCCUCCCAUGUAAACAUAGAUGUGCCGCACGUAUAUUCAAUAUGCAAUAAGCCAAUUGUACAAUCCAAAAUUGCUCAACUUCGCCAUCUUUAUCACCGUAACAUGAAAGUUAUUGUUGGUCGUGACAGACUGGAUAAGGUUUGUGGUAUAAUACAUAAGCUGCGGGCAUUUCGUCAACUUUUGGUUAAGUAUCCGCACUGGAGGAAGAGAGUGAUAUUAAUCCAAAUUACCAGCUCUACUGUAGGAAACAGUAAUUCUGAUUUAGAGAUGCAGGUUGAGAAUCUUGUUACUGAAAUCAACAGCGAAUUUGGUUCGCUGGAUUAUGUUCCCAUUCAUCAUUUCCAUCAGCUUUUAAGUGUCGAGGAAUAUUUUGCAUUGCUCAGUGCAGCAGAUGUCGCAUGUGUUUCUUCCAUACGGGAUGCCAUGAACACUAUGGCUUUAGAAUUUGUCGCUUGUCAAAAGAAAAACAAGGGCUCGCUUAUUUUGAGCGAAUUUUCCGGGACAGCGGAAGUAUUGAUUUCUGCCAGCGUAGUAAACCCUUACGAUUAUGCUGGUUUUGCUGAUACUAUCAAUCAUUGUUUAAGGAAAAGUAUAAAGGAAAGGGAACAAAAGUUCUCUUCGUUGUGGAUGCAGGCAACCUCGCAAUCGUCCCAACAAUGGAUAUAUAAACUGAUUAGCCGAUCUUUAAAUGAAAUUCGUUCUGUUAAAAGCAGAAUGACUACUCCUUCUUUAACUAUUUCUGAUAUACAAAAAAACUAUAAAGAAGCAAAGAAGCGUUUGUUUAUUCUAGAUUAUGAUGGCACACUUAUUCAGGCAGCUAGGAAUUCUUUGGACGCAGCCCCUACCGAUCGAGUUUUGCGUACCUUAAAAAGACUGGUAUCUGAUAGUCGCAAUAUAGUUUGGGUUCUCUCAGGGCGAUCGAAAAUGUUUAUGGAAGAGUGGAUGGAUGACAUUUCAGAAUUGGGAUUAUCGUCGGAGCAUGGUAGUAUCAUACGUCCUCCUAUGGCAGGCGAAUGGUAUAACAAUACGGAACAACUAGACUUGUCAUGGAAAGACACUGUUCGUGAUAUAUUUCAAUACUAUGUUGAACGUACCCAAGGGUCAUACAUCGAAGAAAAACGAAACUCUCUGUCAUGGUAUUAUCAAAAUGCAAACUCAGCAUACAGCAGGUUUCAAAGUUUACAAUGCCAAGCAAAUUUAGAAGGUCCAUUAAGACAAUAUGACGUUGAAAUCAGCUCAGGCAGGUACUUUCUUGAAGUGCAUCCUAAUUAUCUUAACAAAGGAGCCAUUGUCAAGCGAAUCCUUAAGCGUACAGGACGAACUGACUUUAUCUUUUGUGCCGGCGAUGAUAGAACAGACGAAAACAUGUUUGAAGUGUUUUUACCAAUGCCUUUUGACUACUUUAUUCAUUCCAAUUUGGUCGGUGAUGAUACUGAUUACGUUGAUCCGUCUAUGUCAAACGUAGAAGAUGAAAGACCUCACCAUAAUAAAGCGAAUUCAAAAAUUAUUUCAUACCGUGUGCAUGUCGGAUUAACGGACACAUCAACGCUAGCGGAUUAUCACUUACCAUCACCGAAAGAUCUAGUUGAUCUUUUGCUUUCCCUAUAACUCCCAAGUUUGAACGUUGGGAUAAAACAUGAAUUGACGAGACUAUUACUAUUCGGUUAUGUAUUUAUGUCUUAUUUAUAGCUACUACCCAUCUUUAAUUUACCAUUCUUUUUUCUUUUUCUUGUAUUUAUUGGUGUGAAACCGUCGCUCAAAAAUUGUUAUAUUGGGACCACAUAUUAAAUUCAACAUACGGGAGUGUCCAGUGAAAUUAAAGUUAUACUGGGAUUCUCUUAUAUUAGUGUAAUGUCCGAGGUUAUGUUCACAUAUAAUGAGAGUUUGCUAUUAUGGAUUUCGUAGGAACCUGAAACACAACUAUAAGUGAUUUCGAGAAACAUGUCUUAACAUUAAUUAUCGUCUACCCUGUGUUGAUGCACGGAUAACUGAUGUGUUCAAACUUGCGAAGAUAAAUGACUCUCAUCAUUAGGAUAUUCAUCUGUAAUUCUUUCAACCUACAAUUACAAAGGAUGAUGUUGAUUGCCUUCUAUCUAUAAUCAUGUUUUCUAAAUAGACGACCUAGUCCACAAACUUUUAAUAGUUUGCACCAUAAGAAAGAUGGCAACAAAAGUCUUGAAAGAAACGUCUAUGAAUUAUUAAGACUCUUCAGCCUAUGUUAAAGCCUGAGAAGAAAUGCAAACUUGAUAUCAGUAAGGCUUACAGGAUUAAAAGCUUCCUCAGAGACUACAAACUUAUGAACCGGAUUGAUUUUUAUGAAGCGCCUUGCUCUCGAAUAAUAAGCAAAGGUUCUUGGAUAACAAGAGGCUGUUGUAUUGGAGUAAUCAAAACUUGAGAUUACGGCGCUAGUUUUAGACAAAACAAAUCAUAAGAGGAUUAGAUGAAUAACGUCCAGGAUAAUGUAGCAACUGGUUUCUUAUUGAUCAUAUAUUUCUCUAAAAAUGGACGUACAACCGGUAAAAAUGGAUUUUCCUUCUUUUCUUUUCGUAACAUAAAAUCCUUUUUAAUGCAAAGCUUAAUGAAAAGAACCUUUCAGCAAUUAGAACAAGCAGUUUAAUAUAGGCUUAUAAAUAAUUUUUAAGAACAAAAAAAAGAAAAGUUAAAGUCACCCAAAAGGUUGAGGCACCAAUUUAUAAGCGGUACUACAUUAUAAUCGCAUUUCAUUUUGUUUUGGACGGUAGCACAUUGAGAACAUCGUCUAUAGUUACGCUUGUAUAUGUGCCUUUAAAUAUAAAAGCUUUCUUUUUUAUACCGGAGCUUGGCGUCAAAAACUUCGUAUAUGAAAGAUUUACUAUUUCAGGUUAUGGUUUCACAUUGCAAAUACGGAUAAUGGUAGAACAAAAGUUGGGUAAAUCGGACAAAAUUAAACAUAAAUCUCAUUUUCU